ACGCCACUCACACUUCAGAAAGGUACCAGAAUCAUAUCAUAUUCUUGACACGCGACAACGAACUAGAACCCUCUCGCGGCAACUAGACUCCUCCUAACUUGGGAAAUUCCCGCUGCAACGUCGGCAACACCAGCCGCCAUGGCACUGGGAUUCUCUCUCUCGCUUAUUCAGCAUCGCCGCCGUACUAUCCUGACUACUAAGGAUGGUUAUGAUCGGAGCACCUGCCUUCUCCUCAUCUCCCUCGUCCUGCUCUCGUCCCUCCACGCCGCCUUCGCAUUUCGCUUCCCCGCGGGACUCCGCGUGGAAAAUCUGCGCGGAAUGAUGGGUGGAAAUGCGCGAGGCGGACGAUCGAACGGCCAGCAGCAGGGCAGCGGAAUGGGCGAAGCGCGAUGGGUGGGGGGAAUGGAAGCAGGCAUGAGUCCUGGGGGGGGCAUCGGCGGAGGCAUGGAUGGUGGCAUGGGCGGACGCACGGAUGGUGGUAUGGGCGGAGGCAUGGAUGGCAGUAUGGGUGGAGGCACGGAUGGUGGUAUGGGCGGAGGCAUGGAUGGCAGUAUGGGUGGAGGCACGGAUGGUGGUAUGGGUGGAGGCAUGGAUGGCAGUAUGGGUGGAGGCAUGGAUGGUGGUAUGGGAGGAGGCAUGGGGCGUUGAAGGGACGAGGAGAAUACACAUGGCCACAGUAGCAUCCUCAUGUGUGUCAGAUUGUGGCGUGUAUCUAUUUCCGUCAGAGCUGGUAGGAGCUUGGCCGCAGCAGCACCUCCAGCCGAGUGUUUGCUGAGUGCUGCUUCGUCCAAUCUCCUCACCCAAUGUAGUCCUUUGGUGCCCUGCAGAGCAUAUAGGCAGAGUAUUUGUGCUUGAAUUCUUAUUGGAACGGGUUACUGGUGACGAUGGCAU